UGGGGAUUUUUCUUGCUUUUGGUUGUUGUGUUUAGUGUGUGAUUCCAGGCGGGUCGAGGGGAGCUGGGUUUCACUUGCUGUCACUACUCAGGGCUGCCAUCAGAAGGAGAUCUCUGGCAGCGCUCGCGCUGCUUUCCAUAUCACAAACUGGGAGUGCAACCCACGGCACUCAGCUCAGUGUGAGGCUCCUGAGAUGAGUGUGUGCAGAGACCUGGGUUAGGUGCCUCUCACCACUGCAGGGGGCUCCCAGCUGCUGGAUAUCUUUCUCUCCUGCCUUCACUGCUAGCUCUGCUGGGGCCGAGUCAAGCGGUGCUGCCCAACUUCUCAACAGCCUUUCAGGUAGAAGAGAAUCCAUAACAAGAUAAAAAAAGAGAAGACAAGUUUUCUUUCCCAGUCCAGGAAAAAUAACGUGUUGGAUUAUAAUCUGCAAACUGUGGAAAGUACCAACAUGAGCAACAAGGGACCAGAGAAUCCCAUCUCAGCUACACUGACUGAGGGCCUGAAGAGAAAGAGGGGGAGACCAAAGAAGCAGCCACAGGAGGAUGCUGGAAACACAGCUGUUAUCCCACAGGAUGCUGUGGAACCACAGCCAGCAAAGAAACCCCGAGGAAGGCCAAAAGGAAGCAAGAAAGUGACUGCUCUAACUGGGGGAAGGGCAGAACCUUCUGCUGGGAAAAGAGGAAGAGGGAGGCCCCGCAAGUGGCCUCAAGCAGUGGUCCAAGAAGGAGAGUCUCAGGGAGGAAAUCCUCAGGAAAGCAGUGACUUGAAUUUGAACUCGGCACCAGCCACACAGGGCAUCACUGGAAAAGACGGUUCCAGGUCCGGCAAAACCACUGGUCUUAGCAGAUGUCUUAACAUCCCUGCUGCAGCUCAGUAGCAUCCCACCUGUUCAUGUCUUGCUGAAGCCAGAGGACUGGAAAGCAAGCAGGAUUUUUAAUAUUGUAUUUCAGAUUCUUCAUUUGUGAUAAUUUUAGCCAAGCUCUCUCUCCUGUUGCCUGUGGACUUGUUUACCCCAAACAUCCAAACGGGGAUUUAGGGGAAGAAAUGGCAAAUGCCUUGUUGGAGAGAUGCCUUUUACAGUUUGUAGUAUAUCUUUUGAGAUACAUUCAUUUCCCUUUGGAUAACCUGGUGCCUUGCCCUGACACAGAGAGCAGUAUUUUAACAGAAAGGUACUGUUGACUCAGCAAUACAGAUACAGGAAAGGAAAUCUAUUUACACAGCUAAUGGCUGAGCUUGUCUGCCAUUAUCACCUCUGGCAGACUGAUGGAGAGUGCCAGGAGUUAAGUUUUGCUCUGUUGCCCAUAAGGACUGCAUCUGAAAGACAGCCUUUGAGUCCUUUCCCGAUUAUUUCAGAAAGAAAAACCUUCAUGGCAUUUCCAGCUUGCCCUGUGCUGCUGUUCCAGUGUUUCUGUGUGAUUUGGUGCUUUAGGGUAAAGUUCGCACCCUGAUGUCUUAGGGAUUGAUUCUGAAAUUUUUGUCUUAACAUGAGCAGCUCAGGGCCUUCUCCUAUAACUUCUUCUGGCCUGGUGGCUCUCCCCCUGAGUUUGAUAGCAGCUCCAAGUGCACAGUGCUUACAAGCUUAGUCACAGCCACUGGAUUUCAUCCCUUCAAAGGAGUGUCUGUAAAGAACCAGUUAUACAAAAGUUGCUUCCUUACAUAGCCUCAGGAUUCAAUUUAAAUUAGUUUAAUUUCAAUCCCUAACACGUGUGUGUGGGGUCCUCUAGUGUCACAGCUAUGCAAACAAAAGCUGGUGAUAGUUUAGUUUUGGGAGACAGCAGUAGCCAGUUGGUUUGAGAUUGUUGCUGGCUGCUCUCAGUUUCACAUUGUUAGCAGAUUUGUGCUUUUGGUGUCAGAGCUGAACUUGUUAAAUUCUGAUGAAUUGAGGGUAUUUCCAAUAUCCAGUUGCAAACUGAAAUCCCGGUGGUAUUUUCCAUCUCCUGGAUGUUCUGCCUUGCCUAUUAAGGGACAAAGUGGGUAUUUCAAUUAUCUCUGACAGGAUGUAAAAUUGGCUAGCUUUACAGUGUUAAAUAUUUAAACAGAACAUAAUUGGCUUUAAAUUUAUGGUGUUGCAUAGCAGAAACCCAUGAAAUGGCCAUAUAUAUUGAACUCAUUUAUUAUCUUUUCAUCAGAGUUCUGUUCCCUUGGCAGGUAUUUAUUUAACACAAGAAAAUGUAUGUAGAAUUAAGAAGAAAGGCUGAUUGGAGAGAUAAUGGAGUGAAAAGUGGGGGUUUUUUUCCUUUUGGGUAAUUUUUUCCAGUCCACCCAGUUUAGUACUGAUGAGUCCUGAUCCCAUUAAUUCUGCUAGUAGUGAUGAGAGUCCCAGUCCCAAUUCUGUGGGGUGUCUGGUUUGCCCUAAGGGCACUCUCUUGUAUAUGGAGCUUGGUGGUCGCAGCAGAAAACUGCAUCACAGAUAAUCUUUGUACCUCCACUACCAAAUAGCAGAGAAAUCAAGGACUGAAUGGAUUAGAUCACAGGGACUGACCUAAAUCCUGUGCUAUAGGAUGAGCUGUACUGCCAGGUACAGGAAGAGUUUGACCCCCAGCUCCUGCUGUGGGGGUAACUCCAGGUGGGACAUGACACAAGUGAAUCUGAAGGUGCAGCUGGUGCUCCCCUGAACUCUGCUGCUCUUCAGUGCACACACAAGUUCAGCUGCAGUUCGUGUCUACAUUCAAAGGCCACUCCAGUAGCAAACCAAAAUAUUUUACCAACUUCUGUGCCUGAUUUUCAGUUGAGUUGGCAGGUUCAGUACUCUCGUUGCAAGGCUGUACUGCCUGUUUAAUUAACCCCUGCUACCUGAGAGCAGUAGCUGUUACUGUGUGACUUCACACUGUUACUGUUACUGUGGAACUUCAGCUUCUCCUAAAUGGAUUAGGGAUUACAUCUGUAAGAGACUCAAGCUUUUCCUGUGACAUCAGUCAGUCCUUUCUCAGCUGGUGGCCUGGAAUAGGGGUGCAAACUGCCUUGGCUAGAUAGUAAAUCCAUUUGCUUUAGGUCAGCAGUAUUCCUGGGAUGUGCAUACGAAGUACUUCUCUUAAAAUUAAAAAAAAACAGAACUAGUCUUUGCUACCUCUUAACACUCUCCUGAAAAAACACAGUAGAGAACUUAUUUCCAUAAAAAUGCAAGUGCUGGAGGAGAACAGAAUUCUACUCUUUCAGGAGCUCUUCUGUGUGUAGUUGAAAUCCCAAUCCAUAACUUCAGCUUCCAUGUUUAUACAGAGAAUUAGAAUGGAAGUCAAUGCUUGUGAAAGGUGGGCAGAAUUCCAGACAUCUUCAGACAGCUAGGAUCUCACACUGGAUCAAUUGUCUUUUUUGAAAUUAUAAACAUUUUUAUUUCCCAUAUAGUUAAUUACCUUUUCUGUGUAGACAAAUCCUACCUCUUAAGCAAAUGCAUGUCAAGUGUUUUUAAGCUCAGGAAGCUUAGGUCUGACUUGGCCAAAAAUAAGAGGUCGUUACACUUGUUACAGGAGCUGAACAAGGUUUGUUAUCUAGCAAAGUGUGGAAGUUUCCCAUAAAUGGUUUUGGUGAAGGCAUAGAGAGUGUUGGCAACUUGCAAAUUAGCCUUGAAGUUUGUUUUAAAUAAAGGUAUUCA